AAAACCGAAUAUAGUCCGGAGUUAAGUGGUUUACUGGAAAAUUUACAUGUUUCACUUGGUUCAACAUUGGGUUUACCUCAAAGUGGUAUCACUUCGGUUAAAGACGAAAUAAAAUACUGGAAACAAAAACUGAAUCAAAAGAACUCCUCACGCAUAGAUCGAGAAGCGGCUCAAAUGUUUAUAAGCGUUUUGGAGAAUAUCGAUCAACAAAUCAGUUCCAUUAACACCAAUGGCGGCAUGUCAAUAGAAGAAUUUCUCGAUGCAGCCCAUAAUAAUUUCGAUGAGCUAUGGCGUUUACCCUAUCAAUAUCCACAAAAUCGUAUGGCCGAUUUAAUGGAUGUUAUUGGUAAUAUCCUGAUUGAAGCUUGUUUGGAACAGCUGUUGGCAGAGGAUAUAUGGUCCUUGAACAAUUCCCAUGUGACCAGUUUAAUGAGUCAAUGUAUUGAUACGGCUGAAUCUUGGAUGCAGCUAUGUGAUUCACUGACACGACUAUUUUGGCCAAACUAUGUCAAGCACCCAUGGGUGGGCGACGCCCACAUACCCAAACGACCGGAACAAUUUAAGGAACGUAUGCUGGAAAUAAAAAAUAUCAAAAAUCUCUAUAAGCAAAUCUCUACCCUGCUCGAUGACAAUGAAAUUAAAGAAUUGUUGUUGAUGGAUUCGCCAUUUCGUGACUUCAAUAUAUUCGAUACCUCCGCCAUGGGUCAGUCCAAAUGGAAUAAAGCAUUACAAAAUUUUGAACAACUUCUGCAGCCAAUCGAUGAACGCAUCGCGGCUGCAUUGAAGGCCCAACUCCAUCACCAUUUGAGUAAUCCACGUCAGGUGAUUUUUAUUUUCUCAAAAUAUGAGACCCUCAUUCAGCGGCCGACGGUUUUGGAGCUCCUAACCAUCGAAAGGGAACAAUUUAUGCAGUCACUACAAAUUCUCUUGCAUGAUUUGAGAAAGGCAAUGUCCGAUACUAAUAUGGAACCAGAUACCGGACAUUUAUCGGUCAUCUGUAAUGAAUGUCGUUGGCUGAAAGUCGUGCAAUAUCAGAUCCAAGAAAUUGAAAAGGUUAGCCAUCUCAUAUCAGGACGUGAGGGCUUUGAAAAAAUCAAUAAAGCUGUACAGGAAAUAAAAGAGGAAACGGAAUCAUUGCUGCGAACAAAUUUUGAAAUAUGGUGUGGUCAGCAUACAACAGCUGUGAAAUCCGGUGAUCUGAGAUUACGUGACGAUCAACCGGUUGUGAAAUUCGAAAAAGAGGGACGUCAAUUGAUGCGCGUUACAUUCAAUCCGAAAUUGGUGACAUUCUGUCAGGAUGUACGAGAAUUCGAAAAUAUGGGUUAUAAUGUCCCAGCCGAACUGAGAACAGCUGCAACACAUGCUGCCAAAUAUAUGUGCUAUGCACGGCGCCUGCAACAAAUCGCCACAUUCCAUAAUACAAUUGGUGAUCGAAUGAUACCCUGUCAGAGGCCAAUAAUGUUGAAAAAUGCAAUGGAACUUUCGAAAUUGGUACACAGCGAAACGGUGGCAUGGAAUGAUGAGGAGUCUGUGUUGCGUUAUGUCAACAUGUUGCAAGCGGCCGUUUCAAAGUUAUCCACCGAUAAUACACUCUUAGUGGGAUAUCAUGAGCAGGCUAAGCGUACGGUGGCGAAACUAAUGAACACUGAUCUGUUUACGCAAAGUCAAAUUUGGAAAGAUGAAAUGCGCCAUUUGCGUGAGUUGGUGGCCCAUUUAGAGCGGCAAUGUUUUACCAAUUUGGAUGCGUUUAAGUUGCAUUGGGAUCAUCAGCUAUAUAAGGUGCUGGAAUAUCAAUAUAUUAUUGGUCUGGUCGAUAUGAAUAAUAAAUUACCGGAUAUUCAUAUCAAAAUUGCAUUCAGACAACGCCAGCUGUGUUUCAUGCCAGCUGAAGAAGAGAUCCGUGAACGUUAUUACACCCAGUUAAGGCGAUUUGUUGAACGACCCUGUGGUUUUCGAGGCUUAUCGGAAAAAGGUCCAGAAUUAUUCAAGACAAUGGUAGAAAAUAAUCGCCACUACUUUGGUCCACUAUACGAAAAAGCUGAAGAACUUUUCGAAAAAUUGGGGAAAUUCAAGAAAAUAUGGUUACCAUGGGUUGCGCUUGGAUGUGUCGACAUUGAGGAGUUGUGUGGCAUUCAUUGUCAAACCGCCGAGGAUUGGGAAAGGAAUUUUAAGAAAUGUAAAAGUUUUAGUCAAAAAAUCGCUAAAAUUCAGAGCAAUGAAGAAUCAAUUGACUGCAUUGUCAUCGACAUUUUACCCCUGAGAUCGGAUAUUGAACAAAUUAGCCGCCGUUAUUGGGAGGCCUUGUCGAAUAGCCUGCGCACAUCCAUACUCAAUGAUAUUACCGUUAUACAAGAUUUCCUACAGAAUGCUAUACAAUUUCUUGAAAACAUACCCAUGGAUGAAUCAUCGAUUACCGAAUCGGGUAUGAAAUAUGAAAAAAUAAUGACGGAAUUACCAAAAGUUACGGAAACAUUGGAAAUGGUCAAGGCAAAGGAUACUUGUCUGGCUGGUUGGUGUAAGGAGCGGGUUAGCUCCCUGGCCGGUAUUCUAUCUCAAUGGGAAAAGUUGCAGCCUCUGCUCGAGAAUCAUGCUGUUAUCUUACAACGACAAGUCGACAUGAUCAAAGAACAGGCCCAAACUCAGAUACAAAAUCUUCGCAAUGAAGCUGAAAAAUUUGUCCUACGAUGGGAAUCCACCUUGGCGGAAUUGCAAGCCAAUGAAGAUGCCACUUUGGAAAUAUUCAAAGAACGCCAGGAACAUUGGCAGGAAAUUUUGAAGAAAAAGGAUCAACUUCUGGAAGAAUGUGGAAAAUUCAAUAUGAUUUUCCCUGAAGAUUUCCUUAAGCCUUUCGAGGAGAUUAACGAAACAAUUAAUGAACAAUCUAAGGAAUGGAUUGUCUAUGAUGAUUAUUUGAAGGAAUUGAAUUCAAUUAUGGAUGAAGAAUGGGCCAUAUAUCGUAGGCGACCAUAUGUGCUCAAUGAAUUCAUAUCGAAAUGGGAAGGUUCGGUACAUGCCUCUAUUGAUUUACCCUCCAAACGAAUUCGCAGCAGUGUAGAAAAACUGCAAACCCUAUUGCCUCUGCUACAACAAUUGCAAUCGGAUUCUCUUACCGAAAGGCAUUGGGCUCGUAUAUUUUCCCUACUCAAACGAGAUGAUAUAAAAAAUCUACAUACAUUUACCCUAAAGAACCUCCUAGAAAAUCAAACAUUGCUGCAACGACAUUCUCAGGAAAUAAGUCAAAUUGUAAGGCAAGCCUCUUCGGAACAGGUGGUGCGACAGGCCCUUACCGAAAUUGAUCAAUGGUCGGUAACUGCCCAGCUGAAGCUAAUAAAUCAAAAUGAUUCAUCCGGGCAACCCAUAACUCUCAUCAAAGAUUAUCAAGAGGUACUCAACAAAAUCGGCGAUAAUCAGUCGUUACUACAAUCGGCCAAAAACUCAGCCGCCUUUGAAGCAUUCUCGGAUCAGGCAGAGCUAUGGGAAAGCCGUCUUAAUACUUUAGAUGGAAUUUUGACAAGUUUAAAUCAAUCACAAAGGAGAUGGGUAUAUUUGGAACCCGUUUUUGAAGCUGGUACCUUGAAGAAUGAAGAGGCUCUGUUCAAACGCAUCGACAAGGAUUUCCGUUAUAUUAUGCGUGAAAUACAAAUGGAUCCUCGGGUUGUUUCCCUGAUAAAAAUAAAUAAUAUAACAACAAUUGUAAAAUCGCUAGAAACUCAAUUGACCCGCUGCCAGAAUAACUUGAUGUCCUAUAUAAUGGACAAACGUAAUUCCUUUCCCCGUUUCUACUUCUUGGGCGAUGAUGAUCUGCUAGAAAUAUUGGGACAGGCCUCCAAAGAUCCUGAAGUAAUACAGAAGCAUAUUAAAAAACUAUUCCCCGGUUGCCAUCAGCUGGGUAUAGUACAAGGCCAUAGCUUGGAUGAUCAACGCAUUCUCUAUACCAUUGAAUCGUUGAAAAGUGCUGAAGGAGAUAUUUUAAAACUACGCACACCCAUUGAAAUGAAGGGACCCAUCGAAAACUGGUUAAAUUCCCUGGUGACCACAAUACAACAGACACUACGCGAACAAAUUGUCCAAUGUUGCAGUUCAUAUCCAGCGGAUGGUUUUAAUGAGAACAUCCUACAAAAUUAUGUUGCUCAAGUUUUAUCGACAACGCGUGCCAUUCACUUCACGCGUCAAUGUGAAAAGGCUAUCCAAACAAUGGCACUGCAAAAACUUCGACAAUCGCUGAAUGCGGAAAUUGGCAAAUAUUCGCUGUGGAAACAUCAGACGUCUGACACGCUGUUGCAAAUAAAAUUACGUUCGCUGCUCUUCGAUUUGGUCCAUUAUGUGACAAUUGUCGAGGAGCUGAUCGACAACAACACAAUGCAUCUGAACGAUUGGCAUUGGUUGGCACAGCUUAAAUUUUAUUUAAGUGGCAGCGGCGGUAAUGCCACGGUUAUUGUCCGUAUGGUCUAUGCAGAAUUCGAGUAUUCAUAUGAAUUUUUGGGUAAUCCCAAUAAGUUGGUCAGUACACGUUUAACACACAAAUGUUAUCUCAUCCUAACACAAGCCAUGCAUAUGGGCCUGGGUGGUAAUCCCUUUGGUCCAGCUGGUACCGGCAAAACGGAGUGUGUCAAAGCAUUGGGUGCUAUGUUGGGUAGAUUGGUGCUAGUAUUUAACUGUGAUGAGAACGUCGACACGGAAUCAAUGGCUUUGAUUUUAACCGGUUUAGCUCGAUGCGGUGCCUGGGGCUGUUUUGAUGAAUUCAAUCGUUUGCAGGAGGCAACACUUUCGGCCAUUUCGAUGCUAAUACAGCCGAUACAAUGUUCAUUAAAGGAUAAACUGGAUGUUGUUCAGAUAGCCGGAAAGAAUAUAAAACUCAAUCAACAUUGCGGUAUAUUUGUAACACUUAAUCCGGCUGGCGCUGACUAUGGUGGUCGCCAGAAAUUACCCGGUAAUAUACAGGCAUUGUUUCGUCCAAUUGUCAUGCAACAGCCGGAACCGGGAGAAAUCGCACGUGUAAUGCUAUUUGUCGAAGGAUUUAAACAGCCAACCGAAAUCGCCCAACGUGUCGUCGAACUGUUCGAUAUGUGUGCCAAGAUAUUGACGCAACAGCGUCACUAUGAUUGGGGCUUAAGAGAAUUGAAAACAAUUUUAUUAGCCUGUGGUGAGGGUUUAAGGAGCAUAACAAUGAACUCCGAUGGCAAUAACAGCGAUGGCGGUCCCGACAUGGAAAUGUUGGUGGUGGUCCAAUGUUUACGCACUGCAACUAUGUCGAAAUUGGCCUUGCACGAUGUUUCACGUUUCGAGAUGUUACUGCACAAUGUAUUCCCGGAGAUUACCAGCAAUGACCUGGCAGCAUAUGAGUCAUCGGCAGCCACGGCGGCGACCCUUCAGCAUUCGAUUAGGGAGGCUUUCGCGGCAUUGGGUUUGUGCUUUAAUGAAAUGCAAAUGAUUAAAUGUCUGCAACUUUAUGAACAGCUACAGAAGCGUAUGGGUGUUGUGGUGAUGGGACCACCCGGUUGUGGCAAAUCCACCAUUAUAAGUGUAUUACGCCAGGCUUUAAUUACACAAACAUCAAAGUCAUCGCCAGCAUACCAGCAGCAGGAACAACAACAAUCGCAACAACAACAACAAAUACGCAUACAUACCAUUAGCCCCAAAUCGAUGAGUCGCAUACAGUUGCUGGGUCGUCUUGAUCCUGACACCCGUCAAUGGCUCGAUGGUGUUUUGACACACACAGCCGUUGUUGUAAACGCCGAACCGUCACACAUACGCUCGUGGAUUGUUUGCGAUGGCAGCAUUGAUCCGGAAUGGAUUGAGGCACUCAAUUCCGUAUUGGAUGACAACAAAUUACUAACAUUACCAUCUGGCUGGCGCAUUCAAUUUGGCAAUAAUGUGAAUUUUAUUUUCGAAACGGAUGAUGUUCGCAAUGCUUCACCGGCAACCAUUUCACGUAUGGGCAUUGUUAAUAUGAACAAUGAGGAUUAUCCACUAAAAUCAAUAGUCGAACAUCAAUUGUCGAAAUAUGAGUUUGGUGAUUUGUUACAAAGUUAUGUGGACGAGCUUUACGAACCAGCCAUGGAAUGGUUGGAAAAGGAAUAUGGCCAUUCAACAUUGCCUUGCCUAACACGCUCCUGGAUGUUACGUGCUUUAUUGCUAAAACUUGGUGAUUAUGCGGCGGCUGCUAUACAAAAUCGUGAUGCAUUCACAGUGGCUGCCUGUCAAGCGGCUAUGGAAUUUCUACCGGCUGAACGUCAUAAUGAAUUUGCCAAUUGGUUCUAUGAAAAGGCUAAUUUGUAUGUAACCAAUCCAAAUCAGGCCGAAUUGAUGUUUUACAAUGAGUCCAGAAAUUCGGUAGAUAUUUAUGAAGCCGGCGAGAGUAGUGAUUUUGGGGAGUUGGUACAAACAGCAGCAGUGAAGAUGUAUUUGCAUCAGCUAAAGGGAUUUUUAGAGGCACCCAACGCAACAACACCAUUUCUCAUUGUGGGACCACCUGGUUCGGCCAAAACUUUAUUAAUUGAACAUGCUGUGGAUGAUAUGUCGGGUUAUGAUUUGGUUAUUAUUAACUGUUCGACACAAUUAACACCGUCAUAUAUAAUACACAGUAUUAAACAGAAUUGCCUGGCUGUUAGUGGUGUGCGUGGCCGAGAAUAUCGACCGAAACAGACACGUUUGGUUAUCUAUUUGAAAAAUUUAGAUCUAUGCUAUGUGGAUGCUUGGGGUUGCUGUGAAAUUGUUGAAUUAUUGUUGCAGUUAGUGCAGCGACAAGGCUUUUACAAUGAUAACGGCUCGAAUUCGGGCCUAAAUGUUGCAAGGAACAAUAGUGGCGGCAGCAAUACGUCUACAGCAAAUGCAAGUAACAAGGGUUCGAGUGGUACUGGCGGCGGCGGUGGUGGUGGUAGUAGUGGUACUGGCAAUAGCAAUUUGGAAUGGAUAAAUGUUAGUGGUUUACAAAUAUGUGGUUCCAUUUCACAGCAGCAAACGACAACAGCUGCGACAGCUAAUGCAAGUUUAGUGAAAAUUGCACCGCGUUAUUUGGCUAUAAAUCACAUGCUGCAUGUUGGUUAUCCCAGCCAACAGGAUAUGUUGGCCGUAAUACAAAGGCAUCUUGAACAUUUACUUUUGGGCCGCGGCUAUGGUGAUGGUGUGCCGGGUGCACACUUCAAAGGCUUAAAUCUACAAAAUGUGCAAUACAUUUCGGAGGGUUUAAUGGAUUUUUAUGCAAAGUUACAAUUAUCCUUUGGACAAACAAGAGGCACCAGCGGAAAGGCAUCUGAGACAGGUGGUGGCACUGCUGCUGCACUUUCCAAUAGUCACUAUCAAUUUUCACCGAAAUUUAUUAUAAAAACAUUGACAAAUCUAAAAUUCUACCCCGAAAAUUCAUUCAAUGAGGCUUUGUAUUGUGAAUUGGUUUCAAUGUUUAAGGAUCGUUUGGUUUGCGAAGAUGAUGCAGAUAAAUUUGAGACAAUUUUAAGGCAUUCACUGAAGAAAAUUGCCGGCAAAGAUAAAAUUUUCUUCGUACCGAAAUCGAGCAAACACAAUGUGGAAUUGCAAGCUCUGCAGCAUGAUGAAUGGUUGGAUGAAGUACAAAAACAAGUUACCAUAUGCAACUCUGAAAGUUUUAUCAUUGAUGUACCCACAACAAAGGAGAUGCUGGAACAAACAGCAAAAAUAGCACGUAUAUUGGCGCGAAAUAGUAGCCACAUUCUAUUGUUGGGUGAAGCUGGCAGUCGACAAAUGGAUUCGGUAUAUGCUGCGGCGACCAUGCAACAGGCUAAAGUUCAAAUGCUACAGGGCGGUUGCAAUUACGGUCUAAUAGAUUUCUACAAUGAUUUGAAAUUGGCAAUGCAAAUGGCAUCUUUGGAGAAUCAAUGUACCUGUUUGGUCAUCGAGCAUUGUUGGUUAACGUACGUGCCGGACAUAAUGAAGCCCAUUGAAGCCAUACUGGAAGAUAGUGAAAUAUUGGAUUUAUUUGGUGAUGAUUUAGAGUCGAUAGCAAGCUCGUUGAAACAUUCCGCGCAAUUGGAGGGCUAUCAAGAAUCAUUGGGUUCAUAUUUUAUGAAAAGAGCCCGAGAAAAUUUACAUUUGAUAAUUUGUUUAGAUCCAUCAAACGUGAAUACUGAUGAAUAUUUUCAAAAAUAUCCAGCCCUUUAUCGUAAUAUGGAAAUGCUGUACAUAAGAACAAUGUCAAAUGAAACCUUGAAUAUGUUACCGAAAAAAUAUGUGGAAACUUUAAGUGAAUUAUCGGUCAUGGGAAGUCAACGUGGCAAGGAAAAAAUUCCGGUUUCUUCAUAUUUUUCGGAAAUAUUGGAUAGUGUUUUUGGCCAUCAAGCCCCUUUGAGAUUUUAUCAAUUAAUAAAAUCCUAUUAUUAUAUUUAUGGUAAUAUGUCACAGGAAAUCAGCAAGAGAUUGGAAAAAUUACAGCACGGUGUUGAUAAACUAGCUGCAGCACAUGCUGUUGUCGAUACACUCAAAUCGAAUGCCUCGCAACAAGAAACCGCCUUGGCUGAAAAACGUAAACUAGCCAAUGAAGCUCUCGAAAUGAUAUCGUCAACAAUGAAAAAUGCCAAUGAACAGAAGUCAAAUAUGCUGGAGUUGAAGAAGCAAACUCAAAUAAGUAGUGAAAAACUCAAGGAGCGCCAAAAAGAAAUUCAAGAAGAAUUGGCUGAAGUUGAACCAAUUUUAGCUGAAGCAAGUAACGCUGUGGGUCAGAUAAAAUCUGAAGCUCUGUCCGAAAUACGAUCUCUACGAGCACCACCGGAAACUAUACGUGAUAUUUUGGAAGGUGUCUUACGUUUAAUGGGUAUUCGAGACACCUCAUGGAAUAGCAUGAAAACAUUUUUGGCUAAACGUGGUGUUAAGGAGGACAUACGCUCUCUAGAUCCUGCACGAAUAAAUCCAGAAAAUUGUGAAGCAGUUGAAAAGCUACUAGCCUCGAAAGCGGAAUCAUUUGAAAUGAAAAAUGCUAAGAGGGCUUCAGCGGCGGCAGCACCUCUUGCCGCUUGGGUUAAGGCAAGUGUACGUUAUUCGAAAGUUAUACAAAGUAUUAAACCAUUGGAAAGGGAACAAAAGGAAUUACAGCGUAAUUUAGAUGUGGCCGAAGGAGAAAUGCAGUCGCUCAUGACUGGUCUUGAUGAUGUUGAUAAUCGUGUGAAGCAAUUAUCGGCUAAAUUAAAUGCAUAUACACAAGAAGCGGCGGUUUUGGAAUUGAAGCUAGACGAGGCUCGCAAUACGCUGAAGGCUGCUGAAAUAUUAGUUCAACAAUUAAGUUCCGAAUAUCAAACAUGGAAUAUACAAUUGGAGGAAUACAAGGGAUCAUUUAAAACUUUGGAUACCAAGUCGUUGAUGAUGGCAUUGGCUUUGAACUAUUUUGCCCACUUGUCAUUGAAACAGAGGAGCUCUGCCCUACAAAAAUUGAUUGCCGAAUUACAAUUAAAACCUGGCUUUGACUUGGAGAAGACCCUUCUAACGGAACAAGAACAAAUUAUAUGGGAAAGUAUGGGUUUGGCAAGAGAUGCACAAAUCAUACAAAAUGCAGCCCUGUUAAGACAAAUGUUACAGCUGCCAUUUGGCGCAUAUCCCAUACCGCUGCUGAUAGAUCCCACAGAAACCGCUGUAAAUUGGUUGGAUGAAUAUUUAAAAUCUCAAGAAAAGCCAUACGAAAUAAUAUCACAAAAUAAUCAAAAAUUAAGCUAUAAUUUAGAAUUGGCAAUAAGAUUUGGUAAAAUUUUCAUUGUUGAAGAUUGUCAAGAGCUGAGGCCACCUUUGAUGCAAUUGCUGGCCAACAAAGUUUAUAUGAAAUUCAAUAAACGUCAAAUAGAAGUUGGUACAAAAUUGGUUGAUUUGCAUGAACAAUUUCAAUUGGUUUUGGUGGCAAAAACAUCGAAAUUAAAUAUUCCUGCAGAAACAGCAUCGUAUCUCAAUUGCAUACCAUUUACCGUGACGGCAGUGGGUCUUAGCGAUCAGUUGAUGUCCAAGGCAAUUAUUAUGAAAAAUCCAAGUUUGGAACAGAAACGUGUUGAACUUUUGAAAAACGAAGGAGUUUUGUUGAAACAACGCAUUGAAUUGGAAGAUAAGCUGCUGGAGGAAUUAUCACAUGCCCAGGGUGAUAUUUUGAAAAACGAGAAGCUAUUAAAAACUCUCAAUGAGGUUAAAGAGAGUAGUAUUGUCAUUGAUAAAUCGCUUAAGGAAAGUUCUGAAGUCAAGGAAACGCUAUUGGCCGAUUAUACCCAAUUAAAGGAACUUUGUAAUAAGGCAUCGAUGUUCUAUAUUAACCUAUCCUCCAAUUAUGAAUUAUCGUCAUUGGUGUUCAUUAAGCUGUUCCUUAGUGCUUUGGAGUUACAUGACAUUGGAGGCAGAAGCUCUCCUCAAAUGGAAAAGGAGUUCUAUGGCCAAUUGAUAAAGGGCACCUUUCAAUAUUUGGCUCGUUCCAUACCCAAAGAUCGCCACUUGUCACUGGCCUUAUUUAUAUGUCGGACUGCAUAUCGUGAUCGUAUAAAAGAUGAAGAAUGGGAAUUAUUUGUUACAAACUUUAUGUCUGGAGCUGAUGGUAGUGGAAUAAGUAGUGCUGGACGUUUGCAAUUUGCCGAUACAUUUGGCAAGGAAGCAACCAUGAAAUUGAAUAUUUUGCUAAAGCAAAAACCUGAAAUGGAAGAGAAGCUACAAUUGCACAAUUCCAAUUUGUGGCGACAAUUUAUGAAUGGGCAGACCCAAGAAGUUCCAGUUACAACAAUUUCCAAUUUCGAAAAACUUUUACUGGCCUUAAUACUACGUCCUGAUCUAGUCACCCACUACAUGAAACUAACAUCAGAGGAAAUUUUGGGAUUAUCCAUUGAAUCUAUACAACAGCCGACCAUCGAACAAUUGGUUGAGGAGAGUUCAUCGGCUAAACCAAUUCUCAUGAUAACACAAACCGAAAAUGAUCCAGCCUCGGAAAUAUUAAGCGUAGCCCUACGCCUCAAGGGCAAAGAUAAAUAUGAAGAGUUAUCGAUUGGUAAAUGUAUGGAAAGGAAAACCAUCGAUGUCAUACGUCAAAUGGCUGAAUUGGGUAAAUGGGUUUGUGUAAAAAAUGUCCAUUUGGUACCGGAUUGGUUAAUUGAACUUGAACGGGAAUAUGGUGAAAUGAAAAAAUCGCAAGAUUUUCGUUUGUGGUUAAUAUGUGAAUCGACCCAGGGUUUUAGUGAAGCAGUUAUGUAUAAAUUCAUAAAAGUUCUGUAUGAAUACCCAUUGGGUAUACGACAGAAAUGUAAGAAAAUUUUACAAAACUACGCCAUAAUGGAACAGGAUCGUAACAUUUUGAAAGAGCCAAAAUUAAUGAAAAUACGUGUGGUGCUAUUUUUACUGUUAUCCGUGUUACAAGAACGUCGUCGUUUUAUACCCCAAGGUUGGUCACAAAAAUACGAAUUCGGCGAAGCAGAUCUUAAGGCAGCAUUACAAAUUGUUCGCUGGCUUGAUGCCACAACAAUGGGAGGACGUGUUGAUUGGUCGAUUAUGCAAAAACUUAAUGAAAAUGUUGCCUUUGGUGGUCGCAUCAAUAACGUUCGAGAUUUAAAAGUUUUACAAAAUUAUCUACAACAAUUUUUCAAAAACGAUUCGUUGAGUUCACGUUGGUCACCAUUCGAUGAUAACAUUAUUAUACCAACAUCAUCACAAUGGUCAGACUAUAUAAAUGCUUUGUCCAAAUUGCCGGCUCAAGAUGCUCCGGAGUUAUUUAAACUAUCAAAGAAAUCAAAUGCUAGCCGUGAAAUUGAUUAUGGCAUGGAAAUAUUAAAAGAAUUACGUGUGUCGUAUUAUGGUGGCAAUAUGGACGGUGGAGAUGAUGAGAAUUCACAGAAUUAUCAACAAUUGGAGAAGCAAAUAAAACCGAUAUUGGCAUUGUGGAGAAAAUUGGCACAGAAUUGUUCAAUUGAUGCAACAGCAAAGGAAUUAAGUGACGACCAAAAGUCAUCUAAACCUUGGAUUGUAUUCCUCUGCAGUGAAUUAAAAACCGGUGGUCAAGGAUAUCAGAUAAUACACAAAACACUAAGUGAAGCAUAUAAUGCAACAAAAGAAAGACAGCCAAAUCGAAACAGCAAUUCUGGAAAAACAUUAAACAUACUCGCCUUGAAUCAAGUACCCCUCGAAUGGCAACGAAUAUGGUCAGGACCCUCUACAGCAUUGGAUUACAUCAAAGCGUUUAUGCAUCGUGCAAUAUCAACAGAGGCACGCUAUCGCACCACCCAACAUUUAGAUUUCAUUGAUGAAAUUGAUCUCAGUACCGUGUACAAUUGUCAGACAUUAAUUUCAUCGCUGAAACUAAUCAAUUCGCAUAAACAACAAAAAUCAUGUAAAAAUCUACAAAUGAUAUCCAGCGCCAUACAGACGAACUCGUCUACUACUAUGGCAUAUAAUCAACAGCGGAAUGACGGCGCCAGUGAUUUACAGGUGCAAUUGAAGGUGAAACCACUGAGGGUAAAUGGCGCUGCUUUCAGUUAUGGUAAAUUAAUAAUCACCAACAACAACAGCAGCAACGAUACAGCAACAGAAAAUGAACAAUCCCCCGAAUUUCUAAUAACAUUUAAAGAAAAAGAUGAAAAAGUGGCUGUUCAGGAUUUACGUACAGUAACAACGAGAGGAAAUACGAGUAGUGGCAACACUACACUAUUGCCUGUCUACACCAAUGCCAAGAGGGAACGGUUGCUGUGUGAAUUUGAUGUGGCAACAACCGAAAGCAGUGAUACAGUGCUUUUAUCCGGUGCGGCAUUAAUAGUGGGAGAUUAUUAA